AUGGACGAAAGUGUUGGGGACACGCAAGAUGACGAGUUGAUUUCUGCCGAAGGCGACGGCGACAGUAUAGCUUCAACUCGAAUUCAUGGGAAGGUAGACGAGUUGUUCAAUUAAAGAAAGCCCUCAGGUAACGGCCAAGGACUCUUCUGACUACGUUUACUUUCAAAAUCAGGUAAGCGAAAUUAAAUCAAAUCUAGAUCAGCACAUUGAUAAAACGAGAACGGAACUUCAACGAAUAGAAGAAUCUUUUGCAGAUCAAUUUGAUCAGCUAAAACAAUUACAGUUCAACGAAAGGACAAAAGAACUUGUCAAAUAUUGCUUAUCCAACUUAGAGACCCAAAACUGUAAGCUCAAAUAAGAAAAUAUUCAGCUUCGGAUCGAUAACGACAGUCUUAAAGAUAGACUCAAUUCUGUCUCCUACGUUGUCUAUGACCUAAACACCAAAAUUAAAGAUAUCGAAAGUGAAAAGCUUAGUCUAGUCACUGCUAUAAAGCUAUUACAAGAAGACAACAAUUUAGCAACAAUAAAUAACAGAGAUUCGGCUUGCAGUUCGUGGCAAACUUCAAGGUUUAAAGCACAAAGUAAUGCACAUAAUAUUUCCUCUAAUGAUGGGCAUAAUAUAACCGUACGCAUGACUGAUCAAAAUAAUCAAGCACCAGAGGCAGUGACAAAAACAUCAAAUAAGUUUGAUAUCUUGUCUGUGGAAAGUUGUUCUGAUAAUGAAAGCGACACAAAUGUAGAUGAUAGUACUUUGAAGCUCAACACUAUAUUGCCAUCGGAAUCUAGACUAAAUAGCCCAAACGUCGACUCGAGGAAAUAUGAUAAUGCACAAAAGAAAAAUCAGUCAACCCAAUCUUAUGGUCAAAGCAAAAAGUCUAAUUCAAAGUCCAAUGAUAAUAAUCGUAGUUAUCGUACUGCGAAUUCGAAGAGAGCCGCUACAUCUCAAAAGGGCACUACAAAUCAACCUAGUAAGCUUGUAUUUAUAGCUGGAGAUUCAAUAGUCGAACAUGUCCACAGCUGGGAGUUAUCUGAUGCUGAACGGCGAGUAGCUGUAAAAUCAUUUUCAGGUAUACGUGAGAUAUGCGUGACUUCCUUAAGAUAUGCGUGACUUCCUUAAACCACUUAUCCGCAAAACACCUGAUGAGGUGAUACUACACAUAGGCACCAACGAUGUAAAAGAUAAUUCGAAGACAGCAGAAAUGGUUGCAGCUGGUAUCCUGAAUCUGGGUACUCAGGUUAAAGAAUCUUUGCCACGUACCAAAGUAAGCUUCUCAAGUAUAACUGUCAGGAAAGACAGGCAUUCUAUUCAAAAUAAAAUAGAACAUGUUAAUGCUAUACUUAAACGCAUGUGCAUUGAAAAUAAUUGGACCUAUAUAGAUAAUAGCAACAUUGACUAUACUUGUUUAAAUAGGCGUGGUUUAUAUCUAAAUAAAAACGGAAGCUCAAUUAUUAGUAAGAAUUAUAGCAACAUUUACGCUUAAAUUGAUAUAAUGUACAGCCAGGUGGAAACAGGCAUACACCGACUAAGCCAUGCUUACCUAAUGUAAAGGGUUUUAAAAUGGGUAUACUUAACAUAACUAGCUUACCUAAACAUAUAGAAGAAAUUAGAGUAAUAUUAGCUGAAAAAUGUCUCGAUAUUCUCGCACUAAAUGAGACAAGACUAGAUAAUAAUAUUACCAAUCAGGAUAUGUUUAUUCACAAUUAUGAUUUAAUUAGGGCCGAUCGUUCUAGAACAGGGGAGGCGUCUGUUUAUAUAUAAGAAAUUCCAUUAAUUAUUUCGAACGAAAAGAUCUGACUAGAGAUAAUCUUGAAGCAGUUUGUAUUGAGGUUAACAAACCCUCUUCUGCAUCGUUUAUUGUUGGUACCAUUUUUAGACCUCCAGGUGCUUCUGUCGACUCUUUUGCCAAUAUUGAGCAAUUAAUUAAACUUAUAGAUGAUGAGAAUAAGGAAUUUUACAUGCUUGGUGAUUUAAAUGUCAAUAUGCUUGACGUUUCAAAUAAUGCCACAAAAAACUUAAAUUCAAUCAUUGAACUAUAUCAGUUAACACAAACAAUAAGCUCACCCACUCGCGUGACCAUGACUUCAUCUUCUCUGUUGGAUGUUUGUCUCACCCCAACUCCAGAUAAGUUAGUCUUAUCUAAAGUGGUGCAGAUUGCUAUCAGCGAUCACUAUAUGAUUAUAGUUGUUCGUAAAAUUAAUAUUCGUCCUAAACAAGACAACCCGCCACAAGAAAGUCGAAAUUCGAAACUUUAAGUAUUUUAAUGCAGAAAAUUUCCUAAUGGAUUUGAGUAAUCAGGAAUGGGAGUUGUUGGACAAUAACUUCUGCGUUGACAGGAUGUGAGAAACAUGGAAAAUUAUUUUCUUGUCAGUUCUAGACAAGCAUGCACCAAUUAGAGAAAAGAGAGUAAAAAAUAUACCAAAUAUUCCUUCGCUGACUAAUGCAAUUAAAAAACAAAUACGUGAACGGGAUCGUCUCAAAUUCCUUGCCGUUAAAUACAAUUCAGAAAAUUACUGGACUGCAUAUAAAACCUCUAGAAACCAUAUAACUAGUACACUGCGAGAAGCAAAAACAGCAUAUUAUAAAGCACAAUUUGAAAGUGUCAAACAUGACCCUAAAAAGCUUGGAAAACCGUUAAUAAAAUCCUUAACCGGAAACAAGAAUGUCGCGAAAUAAAUUGUAUCCAUACUCAGAAUGGUCAAAUUUCUUGUCCAAAUGAAUUAGCGGAGCGCUUUAAUAAUUACUUUACUGACAUUGGUCCAAAAAUUGCCACAACCAUUGGUAAUACUGAUAGAAAUUUCACGGAUUACAUAACAAAAGCAACAAGUAGUUUCAAGUUUCAAACAGUGUCUGAAACCAAAGUAUACAAACUUCUCUCCUCUUUAAAUCCUUGUAAAUCUACUGGAAUUGAUAAAAUUCCCGCUAAAAUUAUUCGUAUUGCUGCGCCAAUAAUUGCAAAUUCACUGACAAGAAUUUUUAAUACGGCAAUCUAUAGUGAAACUGUUCCUUCAGAGUGGAAACUAGCGAGAGUUAUCCCUUUACACAAAAAUGGCCCUCGAAACAUGUUGAAUAACUAUCGCCCAAUUUCCAUUCUGCCUAUAGUAAGUAAAGUUUUUGAAAAAGUUCUAUAUAGUCAACUAUAUGAUUAUUUUGUUGUUAAUAAUUUGUUGUCUCAAAAUCAACUUAGUUUUAGGCAGUUCCAUUCUACAGCUUCUGCCCUUUUGGACAGUACUAACGAAUGGUUCAUUAAUAUGGACCGUGGUCAAUUCAAUAUUGCAGUAUUUCUUGACUUGCAGAAAGCAUUUGAUACUAUAAAUCAUAAUAUAUUGAUUAAGAAACUUGACCUUUAUGGUCUACAAAAACCUGCCCUAAAUCUUUUAGGAUCAUACUUAGAAAACAGAUUUCAAAUGUGUACUGUGAACGGCGUAUUGUCUAGAAAAAAUCUAGUUACUUGUGGGAUCCCCCAAGGUUCAAUUCUUGGGCCACUCCUGUUUCUAAUUCAUAUAAACGAUCUGCCUACAAGUCUUGAACACUCGUCAUCAAGAAUGUUUGCCGACGAUACAACGUUAACUGUAUCUGGUAAAUCUCUUCAUGAUGUAGAAGUUGCCAUCAAUCACGAUCUUUCAAACGUUAAUCAGUGGCUCUGUGCAAAUAAACUAUCUUUAAAUCUCGUUAAAACUGAGUACAUACUAAUUGGAUCACGGCAUAAUAUUAAUAAUAUAUUGGCCACCCCAAAGGUAUUUGUUGGCGACAUACCAAUUAAAAGGGUAAGAGAAACAGUCAGGCACUUGGAGUCUAUAUUGAUGAAUUUCUAUCAUGGGAAAAGCAUAUUGAUAAAAUUGCUAAAAAAGUCUCAUCCAGAAUUGGGGCAAUCAGAAAGUUAAAAUCAUGUGUAGACCGUAAUACAUUAAUUUGUGCCUAUAAUGCACUUGUUUUGCCUCACCUUGUUUAUUGCUGCGAAGUUUGGGACACCGUUGGUACUAUACUUUCUGAUCGUCUCCAGAAAUUACAAAAUAGGGCUGCUAGAGCUAUCGUGGGUCGUAAAAAUGAACAUGGUCAAUCUGAACUUGCUCUAAAUGAAUUAAACUGGAAACCUCUGAGCGAACGCAGAAAUCAGUUUGUGGCAAGUCUUAUGUAUAAAAUUACUCAUGAUCUAGCGCCCUUACGACUUACUGAUAUUUUUCAAAAGACGUCUUCCUCCCAGCAUUAUAAUUUGCGGGGCUCUUCCACUAAACUCCAUUUGCCCAAGCCUAAGACUGAAUAUCUUAAAAAAAAUCUUAGGUAUAGAGGGGCUAAACUGUGGAAUAGUCUCCCAAAUGAAUUAAGAGGAAAAGAAUCACUAGCUAUAUUCAAUAAAAACGUAUGACACCAGGCUACUAAUUAGAGUUUUCAAACCCAUAUUUACCUUGACUAUUUAUUAAUCUAUUAAUAUUUACUAUUAUGUAUGUAUGUAUGUAUGUAUUGUAUGUACUAUAUCUAUUUAAUUAUGUAUGUAAUUGUAAUAAUUGCAUGUAAGUAACUGUAUUUGUAUGUUUAACUUUUCUAAAUUUUUAAUGUAAAUUUGAAUUUAAUGCUACGCCCCCCUUGGAAAUCAGCUUUUGCUGUAGGGGUACGUUAGCGUAGUAAAGUAAAGUUUUACCUACCUUACCUUACCUACCUACCUCAGAUACACCCCCUCUUGAAGCAGUACCUGGACGGAACCAUAUUUCCGGACACGUAUAUGGUCGGGAACCUAAUCAGAGCAUCCAGAUGAAAGUGCUUGUCGAUGGGUUUCAUGGGAUCUAUAUCCCCUCCCCCAUCCUUAUACAUCUCUAUGGUCUUGUCGAUUUUUGCGUAUAGGACGGGUUGUUUUCCACUCCGAUAGAAACACCUUAUGGCUUUCGUUCCGGACUUCCCAACCUCUUCGGCACAUCUUCUCUCCAGUACCUCCAAGGCUGAUAGGAAGUCCUUGUGGUCUCCAACCGCCAGUGGAAUGGUGAAGUUCUCCUUCCCAAACUUCUUGUCCUUGUUGAUCCCAUAAGCCAAGCAGUCCUUCAGCUGUAGCAGAAAGGGUCCACCGUCCUCUGCCACAAGUCCGAUACUUUCGGACCCGAACCUGUUUCCGACGGGUUCCUCAAAGUCAAACGAUUUUUCGGAGAAGUCUUCCGCUCUGGUUAUGGAAAUGGUUCCUUUUAUUAUACAAACACUAUCUAUAAAUGUUGAUUCUGUUCAGCAAGACUCCGACAAGCGUGCGUGUGUGUCUACACGCGCGGGCGUGCGGGCAUGCCGGCAUAUGAACGUGUGGGUAUGCGGGGCAUGCGGGCGUACGGGCAUAUGGGCAUGCGGGCGUACGGGCAUAUGGGCAUGUGGGCGUGCGGGCGUGUGGGGUCUUCGGAACAUCGGGUCAACACUUUCGAGGAUUUGCGGCAAACUGUCAGAGCAUGUGUGUACGUACUUGCGUGCCUGCGUGUUCGCGACCACGGAUGCGCGAGAACGGGGGAGGUGUCCGGCAGGCAGAGGACCCCUAGGACGGCGCGGAGAAUUGGGGAACCGGAAGUGACGUCAUCGAUUCAACCGGAAGUGACGUCAUCGAUUCUCCCGCGCAUGCGCAAACGUCCUAGAACCGGCCUUUAUUAGCUAUUAGCACACAUAAAAAACCACAAUCAAGGGCAACUUCAUUUCAAGGUGAAUUUAGAAAACAUUUAUACAGCAUAUGUAAAUGAGGUUGUAUUAUGCACUAAUGCUUUAAUAUACCAUGACUGUGCUGUUACAAUGUGUACUUCCUAAUAUGCAGUACGAGUAAUAAUAAUCAGGGUAACUGUCAUAAGUAGUAAUACCCCCUCGUCUGGCGGAUUCAUAAUUAAUUAGGCAAAAUGAAUAUUUAAUGAGCUUUCAUAUUCAUGACGUCAUUAUUGCCUUGCUCCUUUACGACCUUCAUCCUAAUUAUGUAUUCAUGACGUCAGUACUUAUUAUGUAUUCAUGACAUUAUUAUGUAUUCAUUCCGACUGCCGCUCGAAGAUGAUGUCAUCCCGACUCGUCGCCGAGUGCACACAUGAUGUCAUAAUGAUAUGCAAGGCGAGCCUGAGCAAGAAAGUCAUUAAGCUGAGGUCAGCAUUUCUAUCACAAAAGUAAUCGCUUUUUUAAUGUUAUAGCUAUGUUAGCGUCGCUACAAUUAAAUGACAACUAUAUGAAAAUUUGCAUCGAGCACAUGGUAGGACAAUAACGAAAGUCGUUAAGGUGGGCAGCUUCUGGCGAAACGGUCAUUAGCUUGUGUAGUUCAUUUUACUUUUAAACAUGGAAGGCGAGUCAUCUGUUCACUUACUGGAAGCAAUUUAUAUCCAUGCAAUUCAGAAUGAAGUUAAUAAAAUCUGCGAAGACAACUGCUACGGUUGUGAAGUCAGUCAUCCUAGUCAAAGAAACCAUGACUGUCUUAUGAUGGACGACGAAGAAAGAUGGUUGUUGUAUGCAGCGGACGCAGUUAUGCAAGUGAAGUGCAAGUAUUGCAUUUGGAGCGAAUUUAUUGAAGCAACAAGAGUAUUGAAGAUGAUCCAUCGCGAAAAUAUGCGUACACGUUUACAGCAGCUGGAAAGCAUCGAUGAUCCCAUGUUAUUGAAAUCAUUGAGCGAACAGCAUUUAACGGAAGAAAAUCGAAAACUUCACUGCAUUAUUAAUUACCUGUCAUACUGGAGAGACGAUGCGGGCAAGAUUGGGCAAGCUUCAUCUACUUAAUAAAACUCUUUGUUGUCGCACGAUAGGUAAUUAGUUUUUCUAUACAUUAUCCUUAAGCAACGCGUCGCGUCUAUUCAUUUAAUCACUGUCUCUCAAACGAAAUGGAGUGCUUACACGAAAAACCAACAACCUCUUCUACAACACAACAUGGAACAUUUUGGUUUUGUGGUCAGAAGCCUAGCUGUAACUUUUUCUGUCCAGACGAAGACAGUUACAUGAUAAAGGCCGUAGAAUCGUUUCGCAAAAGUGGUAAUCUUCAACCAAUAUGUCCUGCUCAUCAGAAACAUGCCAAGAUAUGUAUGGUUAAAGACAAGAUGAAGCUUAGUUAUGGUCGACCAUUCUUCGUCUGCGCUGAACGAGAAAACCCGUGUACGUUUGGCAGUGGGGCGAUAUAUUUCACAAUCCUUCUCCGAGAUGCAGUCAUGGUUUGGUGUGCCGAAUUCGCAAAGUCAAGAAAGACGGGCCGAAUCAAAAUCGUCUCUUCUACUGUUGUGCGAAAGAAAACGAUGCCUGUAAUUUCUUCGAAUGGAAACCAACCAAGGAUUCGCCAUCCAUUCAGAACUUGGGAGUGUUGUUUACCAACCCGCUACAAUAUCAGUAUAAAGUAGCAGAAACUGGAGAGACAUUUAUUAGUGGAAAAGUUGACACUAAGGACGCGUGCGAAGAAUACUUAUUCUUUAAAUCUGUAAAUGCUCUAGCAAAUGAGUUUAGUUAA